AUGCCGUGGCCGCGGAAGUCCAGUGAGAGCCUGAAGGCGGCUGCCAGCAGCCUGGCAGCUAUUCGCCAAGAGCUCUUCCUUAGCCACCAGCAGCUUGUUCAGAAGUUGGACGCAGAGUUGGUGCGCAUCCAGAACUUGUGCUCGACUUCUGCAGACUCUUUGGGGCCAGCGGAGUUCGCGGCUUUAUCGGAAUCCGGCUCCCGUGGGUCGAAAGGGGAUGGACCUGCUCCUGUCUCUGCGGUCAUGCAGCUCCCCGGAAUGCCCGAGGAGAGCGAUGGUCAGCAGGACAAGGAGCAGAAGGAACCGGCUGGCGAUGUCAACGAGCCAGUAGGGCCAGUAGCUUCCGCCUCCCUUGCAACUUUCACGACAAUCGCCGAACAACGGAAGAAGCACAUGGCCUGGAUUCGAAAAGUGGAGGAUGGCAAAGUGCCGAGAGGGUCUAAGAUUGAUGCGGACGAUGAGGAAGAGAGCCGCGUUUUCUCUCGGCUCAACCCAGAAUUUGCAGCACAAAAAGUCCGCAAAGAUGCUAUUUCCAAGUUUGGUUCGAACUUGCCGGGUGAGACUUCCUCCUACACGAACUGUUGUACACGAAUUGUUCAGCAUUCAUGCUUUGAGCGGCUGUCCAUGAUGGUGAUUGGCAUGAAUGCCUUGUGGAUUGCUAUUGACAUUGAGAUCAACCAAGCCGAAACACUCCUACAAGCAGGCGUUGGGACGAUCUUGGCGGAAGCGGCGUUCUUCCUCUACUUCACGGCUGAGUUGUUCAUCCGGUUUUGGGCGCAGCAGCACGCCAGGAACCUGCUCAAAGACUACUGGUUCCUUUUUGAUGCGGGGCUUGUGAUGCUCAUGCUGCUAGAGACAUGGCUCGUACCUGCAAUCAUUUUGAUGGUCGGAGCUGGAGAAGCUGGUGGCCUCGGGCGUGCCGCAAGCGUUCUGCGGGUUGUCCGUUUGCUUCGUGUCCUUCGCACAGCACGGAUAGCAAGGAUUGCACGCUACAUGCCAGAGCUUAUGAUUUUGAUCAAAGGGCUCAUCGUGGCAGCGCGAUCGGUGUUCUUCACCUUGGUUUUGUUGCUGUUGAUGACCUACGUGUUCAGCAUUGCUCUCGUGUCACUAAGUCAGGGCCCAGACUUACAUCAAGUACAAGUCCUGUUUCCGUCGGUGCCCAGGGCCGUGUUGAGGCUUUUGGUGCAGUGCACCAUGCCAGAUUCGGAAGCUUUCUUUCAGAGCCUGGAAGACGAAAGCAUUCUCAUGGCGGCAUUGUUCUUGGUGUUCAUCUUGGCCGGGUCCCUCAUUGUCCUCAACAUGUUGGUGGGCAUUCUGGUCGAGGCUGUGCAAACGGUCGCGACCAUGGAGCAUGAGCAGAUCCAUGUGGACUUUGCGCAACGGGUGCUCCACAAUCUCAUCCAACAGGGUAAUGCUGAUGAAGACGGUGACAACUUGAUUUCUGAAGGCGAGUUCGAAAGGCUCUUGGAGAGGCCAGAGGCUUUCUCGGCUCUGACUCGGCUGGGGGUCGAUAUCUUCGCGGCACGCGAGUACGGAAAGCUGCUGUUCGAGGACGGUGUGCCUCUGACCUUCCCGGAGUUCAUGGAAUCCAUUCUGACCCUUCGUGGCUCAAAUCAGACCACCGUGAAGGAUAUCGUCAACUUGCGCAAGUUUGUGGCCCAAGAGUUCUCCAACUUGCACACCAUUCUGAUGGAUUUCUUUCACUUGGUGGGCGGCUCACCCGUGAGCACAUCGAGGCCUGGAGAGCGGGCAUACUUGGAUGCUGUUCGACAUACUGGCGCUUGA